GGCGCUGCGGCGGCGUCAGCUGACCGCGGGUCACGUGACCCAGCGGCGGGUGAGCGGGCGGCGGCGCCGGGGAUGGAGCAGUGACGCAUCUUGCCUUUAUCCUCAGAAUCAACAAAAAUCAAGAUAAGGGCACAAAAAUGACAGAGUUUUGGCUGAUUUCUGCUCCUGGGGAAAAAACCUGUCAACAGACAUGGGAGAAGCUACAUGCAGCAACUACAAAACAUAACAAUCUUUCUACUAAUUCAAAGUUCAAUAUUCCGGAUUUGAAGGUUGGCACACUGGAUGUUUUGGUUGGUUUGUCAGAUGAGCUGGCUAAAUUGGAUGCGUUUGUGGAGAGUGUUGUAAAGAAGGUGGCCCAAUAUAUGGCUGAUGUUCUAGAAGACAGUAAAGAUAAAGUUCAGGAGAAUCUUCUGGCUAAUGGAGGUAAAGUGUUACCUUUGAUAUUCUAAGGAAUAGAAUAGGUG